UUGCGCCCGGAGGUCCUUGGUCGUGCGACCUGAGAUGUAUCUCGUCCCCACCGUCAUCGGUUGAACAUCAGACAUCAGACCGUCGGCGAGAAGCUCGAGCACGCCGGGCACGCUAGCUCAAGAUGCCGCCCUCCGACAUGCGCGGUCUCACGCAGUACAUUGCCGACUUACGAGCUUGUCGAGUUCGUGAGCUCGAAGAGAAGCGGGUCAACAAGGAGAUGGCACACAUCCGGCAAAAGUUCAAAGAGGGCAAUCUGGAUGGCUACUCACGCAAGAAGUACCUCAGCAAGCUCAUCUUCACGUACAUACUCGGCUGGCCCGUCGAUAUUGGUCACAUGGAGGCCAUCAACCUCAUCUCGUCUGCCAAAUACAGCGAGAAACAGAUUGGAUACUUGGCGCUCACGCUACUCAUGCACGGCGACUCUGAUCUGGCUCGGCUGGUCAUCAAUUCGAUACGCAAAGAUCUGGAUGACAAUAAUGAGAUCUGCAAUUGUUUAGCUUUGCAGGCUAUAGCCAACGUAGGCGGAAAGGAGAUGGCAGAAUCCCUCGCAGAAGACGUGCACAGGUUACUGAUUAGCCCAACAUCGCAACCAUUCGUGAAGAAGAAAGCUGCUCUGACCUUACUGCGACUGUAUCGGAAGUAUCCAGAAGUCAUUCUUGCAUCUACUUGGGCAUUGCGUAUCGUGUCCAUCAUGGACGACGAGGAUCUGGGUGUUGCUGUCUCUGCGACAAGCCUGGUCAUGACACUCGCACAAGAUAAUCUCGAAGCUUUCGCAAUAUGCUACCAAAAGGCAGUGGGCAGGCUACACAAGAUCGUCAUUCAGAAGGACUACUCUUCCGACUAUCUGUAUUACAAAGUGCCAAUACCCUGGUUACAAGUCAAACUCCUACGUCUGCUGCAAUACUACCCACCAACCGAUGAUCCGAAUCUGCAGGCUAGCAUACAAGCUGUCCUGCAGACUAUCAUCGAUGACUCGCAGGAGACUCCCAAGAAUGUGCAGCACAACAAUGCUCAGAAUGCCGUGCUCUUCGAGGCUAUCAACCUGGCCAUCCACCUUGAUAGCGAGUCAAGCAUCGUCAAUGAUGCUUCAGUCCUGCUUGGCAAAUUCAUAUUAAGCAAGGAGACCAAUGUUCGCUACCUUGGUCUCGAUACAAUGGCGCACCUCGCCGCACGCUCGGAAUCACUAUCCGCGCUCAAAAAGCACCAAGAUACAGUCAUACUCAGCUUGCGCGACAAGGACAUCAGCGUCCGGCGGAGGGGCCUUGAUCUGCUCUAUAGUAUGUGCGAUACAACAAACUCGAAAAUCAUCGUUGGCGAGCUGCUGCGGUAUCUACACGUCGCUGAUUAUGCCCUUCGCGAAGAAUUAGUACUCAAGAUCGCUAUCCUGACCGAGAAGUUUGCUACCGAAUAUGUUUGGUACAUCGAUACGAUACUUAGGCUCAUGGCGAUUGCUGGAGAUCAUGUCGGCGACGAAGUGUGGUAUCGUGUAGUCCAGAUCGUCACCAACACAGAAGAACUUCAGCAGUACGCCGCCGGCAGAGUCUUUGAGCAUCUUCGAAGUCCGACAUGUCACGAGAAUCUCGUCAAAGUGGGCGCCUAUGUUUUGGGCGAGUAUGGACAUUUGAUAGCAGACGAGGAGGGGCACUCACCCAUCGAGCAAUUCCAAGUCGUCUAUUCAAAGUCAACAGUUUGCUCUUCGCCAACGCGUGCACUGCUCCUUACAACGUACUGCAAAUGGCUCAACCUGUUUCCAGAGAUCAGAAGCCAGCUCGUCGCCGUACUCGAGAAGUAUACGCAUGUGCUCGACGCGGAGCUGCAACAACGCGCUUGCGAAUACUUAGUCGUCUCGAAGAACGAAGAACUUCUUGCUCUACUCUGCGACGAGAUGCCACCUUUCCCAGAGCGAGAGAGUGCCCUCAUGAAUCGUAUCUUAGCAAAGGGAGGUGAUGCGAGCGAUCGACGGACAUGGCAUAUAGGUAGCAAGGACAUCAACCAGACAAAGGAUGAAGAGCGAUAUCAAGGCUUGACGACGAGACGCAAGACCAUUGAUGGCGCCGCAAGUACUGCCAACGGAGCAACAGCCGCAGUCGCAGCAACGAGCGUUGACGACACGAUGGCAGGGUUGGCUGGCCUCGACUUGACUCAGCCUUCUUCGACUACAAACGGCGAGACGCCGAGAGUGGAAGCUGUGCCGCUCGUCACGAAGCACGCCGACAUCAAUGGCAAUGGCGCGUCAAAUCCGUCUGCGAUUCAGCCGCCAGUAAGGGCAAAGACGAUGGCCAUCGAAGGCGAGGACAAUUAUGCGCAUGGCAGUGCAAAGGCAUUUGAGCGUUUGACAUACUCACCAGAGGGCAUUCUGUACGAUGAUGGACAACUACAGGUCGGCAUCAAGACCGAAUAUCAUGCCAGUCAAGGCAGGAUAGCACUUUACUUUGGCAAUCGCAUCACGGCUGCCUUUACCUCGUUCACCGUCGCGAUUGACAAUCAGCAGCCCGAAGCACUCGGGCUGACCAUUCCGAAGAUGCCGGCCAGCGUGCUUGAGGGCAUGACGCAAGUUCAGCAUGUGAUCCAAAUCGAAUGCAAAGCCGUCUUCACUAAAGCGCCCCUCCUGCGCAUCUCAUACCUCGCAGGGUCGCUACAGACACUGACAUUGCGCAUACCGCUUGUGCUCAGCAAGUUCAUUGAACCCGUCGAACUUGCGAGUACGCAGUUCUUUGACCGUUGGCGGCAGAUCGGCGCCGCUCCCUUGGAAGCACAGAGAAUCUUCAGCUUCAAAACUGAUAGCAAAGGCAAGGCGGACGUUGCUAGGAAUCGAAAAGUCGUGGGCGGCAACCGCUUCGGCUUGCUCAAUGGUAUCGAUCCGAAUCCAAGCAAUCUUGUGGGCGCAGGUGUUCUGCAUUGUGGGACGGUCGGGAAAGUAGGCUGCUUGCUUCGCCUCGAGCCCAAUCAAGAGUCCAAGCUCUGUCGCAUCACUAUCCGCACGACCAACGCAGAAGUCUCAUCAGAGCUGCUCGAGAUCAUCUGCACACCGCUUCAAAAUCCAUCUCCAUCGAGGACGUCGACCGCUUGAACAAUUGUUCAUCUGAUGUAUUGAAAGUACAAAGACAACAUGCACAUGAAACUUGCAGCGUCGCGUCUAUAGUGAUCCUCAAGAAGGUAGCCAGGUGACAUUCUUCAUCAGGUCGAAGCUUUCGUACGGGACCGAGCCAGACGUCAAUUUGGGCACGAAUCUCUGGGCCUCUGACCACCGCUGAAAGACUCUCCGCCAAUAGCAAUCG